AUGGGCUCCGAGGGGCAUGGUGCCGCGGCAGGCGAGGCUGCGGCGGGGCAAGACGAGGGCCUCUCUGUCUCGCAGGACGAGCUUGGCGCGUCGGAGCUCCAAGCCGAGCCCGGAGCGGGCGAGGUGGUCGAGUGUGUGCUGAGGCUGGUCAUUCCCACGGCGAGGGUCGGCGCGGUGAUCGGAAAAGGCGGCAGCGUCAUCGAGGAGCUCCGGAAUACCACUGGCGCCAAGAUACGGGUCACGGACAACAUCCCGGGCUGCCCCGAGCGCGUCGUGUGCAUAUCGAGCGAGGAUCCAGACCCCACAAGCCCGAUCUGCCCCGCCAAAGAGGCGAUGAUGCGAGUUUUUUCAAACUGGCUGGAGGCCGACGAGCGGACGCGCGAGCCCGGAGCGCUGCUUGAGGUGAAGACAUUGGUCCACAACUCCCAGGCGGGGACCCUCAUUGGCCGCGGGGGCGAAGAGAUCACGCGGCUGCGCGAGGAGACCGACACGCAGAUCCGCGUGUUCCACGGCAACGACCUCCCCGCCUGCGCGCUGCCCGUCGACCGCAUGGUCGCCAUCUUCGGGCCCCGCGACGCGGCUGCCCGAGCGUUCGAGGCCGUCGUGGGCAAGCUGCGCGCGUCGCCCGUGCGAGACGACAACGCCGUGCGCGCGAUGGCCAUCAUGCACAUCAACAGCCUGAUCGCCUCCCAGACCGGCGCGCUGGCCCCGAACGCGGCGUACGGCGUCCCACCGCCGCACGUCGGCCUUCCGGGCUCCCCCGCCAGCGGGUUGGCCCCGCACAUGUCGUCGGUCCCGCCGCACAACGCCUCGUUCGGCUCGCUGGCGGCCGCGCGCGGCCCGGUGCUUGCCGGCGGCGGCAAGGCGGCGCCCGCGGUCCAGAUCGCGCCGGACGGCCUCGACUUCGAAGUGCCGAUGGCCGCCGCAGGGGCGCUGAUCGGCGCGGGGGGCAACAACGCGAAGCGCAUCCGCGCGACGGGCUGCUUCGUGCGCAUCCACGCACAGGAAUCCCCCGCGGCGCAGUUCCGCGCCGUCGAGCUCCGCGGUGACAGCGACGCGCUCCUCAAGGCACAAGUGCUGAUCUUGCACUACUUCGAGCUCUGGCGGCGCGACAACCCCGCCCUCGCCGGCACGGUGACGUUCCCCGUCCUCCCGAUCCAAGUGGGCGCCGCCAUCGCCCGCACCGUGGGCGCGGCCGGCGCCGGGGCUGCUGGCGGCGUCGACAUGGCGAGCUAUGACGCGCUGGCUGCGAGCGGCGCCGUGCCUGGACCCGCGGGGAUGUACGGCGCCCAGGGCGGACUGUACGGCGGGCCGUUCCCGGGCUACGUGGGCGGCAUCGGCGACCCGUACGUUGCCGCUGCCGCCGCCAGCGGCACGCCACAGCACCCGCAGCAGCCGCAGCAGCCGCCGCAGCCGCCGCAGGAGGGCGGCUCAUUCGAUCAGGCCGGGCCGAGCUUCCGUCCCGACCCUGAGAGCUGA